AUGUUUAAUAAUUCAAAUUUAUUUGCAGGUUUUGAUUUAUCAACACAACAAUUAAAAUUCACAGCAAUCAAUGAAAUCGGCAAAGUGGUAUUUGAAGAAUUAGUUAAUUUUGAUAAAGAAUUACCAAGUUAUGGAACAAAAAAUGGUGUAAUAUCAAAUGAGAAUGUUGUUAUUUGCCCUACAUUAAUGUGGAUUGAAUCAAUUGAUUUAUUGUUGAAUAAACUAUCUGAAAAAAAAUUUCCAUUUCAUCAAAUAAAAGCAAUGUCUGGAGCUGCUCAACAACAUGGAAGUGUUUAUUGGUCAGAAAAUUCUUUGGGAAUUUUAGAAAAUUUGAAUCCAACUGAAAUUUUGGUUUCACAAUUUAUAAAUGCCUUUUCUAUACCAGAUUCACCAACUUGGCAAGAUUCAAGUACCACAGAACAAUGUAAGAAUUUAGAAAAAUUAAUUGGUGGUAAAGAAAUUUUGGUGAAUUUAUCAGGAUCAAUAGCUUAUGAAAGAUUCACAGGAAAUCAAAUUACCAAAUUUAGCCAAACAAAUCCUUUGGCAUAUUCAAAAACCAAAAGAAUAUCUUUAAUUAGCUCAUUCCUUGCCUCGAUAUUCCUUGGUAGAUUUGCACCAAUUGAUAUAGCUGACGGAUCAGGAAUGAACUUGCUUGAUAUAAACAAUAAACAAUGGAAUGAUGAAUUAUUAAAAAUCUGUGGAAAUGAUUGUAGAAUCAUUCCAUUUACAGGUGAUAAUCCAGCCACUCUUAUAUCUAUGAAUCUUACUCCUGGAGAUAUAUUAAUAUCAUUAGGAACAUCAGAUACAAUUUUAUUGUACACAACUAAACCAUCACCAACAAUUGAAUCACACACACUAUGUCAUCCAACAAAUCCAUCAGCUUAUAUGUCAAUGAUAUGCUAUAAGAAUGGAAGUUUAACAUUGCAGGAGAUCAUACCGUUUGCAAAAGGGAUUUAUAGAUUUGAAGAUAGCCAGCUGAUUGAUGAGUUUCAAGACGAUCCUAAGCUUGAUAAUGUUAGGUGUAUCAUCGAGUCACAGUUUAUUUCAAUGAGGAUCAGAAUCAAGAAACUGAUUAAUGAUUUUGAAAACUCGGUCAAUAAAGUAGUUGUUGUGGGAGGAGCAAGUAAAAAUUAUGAAAUUUUACAAGUCUUCUAUGGGGGCUGCUAUGAAAGCAAAGAUGGCAUUCAACUUGAGAAUGAUUUUGAAGAUGAAAAGUUGGAAAUUAAUUCUUUUGUUAGUGUUGCGAAACCUAGAAUUGAAUAUACUGAUAUCUAUAAGGAUAUGAUUAACAUCUAUAAAGAAUUAGAAAAUAUUGUAAUAAAUAAUCGAAUUUCCAGAAUUCAAGAAUAA